GCGAGGCCUCAAUCCACCUCACCGAGUGAAGUCCAUCUCCAUGACAACCUUCACUGAACAGGAAAUUGAAUUCCUUCAGUCGCACGGCAAUGAGGUGUGUAGGCAGAUUUGGCUGGGCCUGUUUGAUUCCCGAUCAUCAGUUAUCCCAGAUUACAGGGAUCCACAAAAAAUCAAGGAGUUCCUACAGGAUAAAUAUGAGAAAAAGAGGUGGUAUGUUCCUCCAGAGCGGGUAAAAGUAUCUGCUGCCACAUCAGCUACAACAUCGCUUAGCAGCAGAAGUAGCACACCCGACGUCAAACCGCUGAAGACCCUUAUGGGAGAUUCAACUCCAGCCCUGAACAUCUCAAAAAGUGCUGGGCAGGUUGCCAACCAGGAAUCGAUGCAGCAACAGAAUCAACAGCCAGCGAAGAAAUCACAGCUGGAUCUUUUGGCAGAUAUUGGAGGUGAUCCUUUUGCUUCCCCGGUACCCCAGCACACUGCUGCACAGGCCUUUGGGGCCUUCCCUGCUUUUGGAGCUCAGCAGACUGCACACCCAGGUUUCCCAGGCUUCAGCCCGUUUAGCAGCGGAGGCUCAGCUAAUGUUGGAAAUUUCCCACCAGCCAACCAAGCCCCUUUCCAGGUCCAGUCCGCAACCUCAGGUGGUUCGAGCAGCGCUAACUUUGCAAACUUUGAUACCUUCCCAAAAUCUUCCAGCACUAGUUUCGGAUCCUUCACUAGCUCUCAGGCCACAUCCGUGCCCACAAGUUCGACGGCCGCCACCUCCAGUAAACAGGCUGCCUCGCAAGUCGACAAAUACGCAGCGCUCGCGGAUUUAGAAAGCAUCUUUAAUGCCCCUAAGUCCUCUGCAGCAGGUGGCCAGAUGUCCGGCUUCAGCUUCACCUCAGCAACGAGCAGCCAACCCACAGUCUCUUCGAGCCAGUAUACAGGAGCCGAGUACAGCAGCGUCUUUAAUAUGGGAGUGCCUUCAAAUAAUGCCGGUGCUGGCACUAGCAGUAUUUCUGGGACAAUGAGUGGGAGCCAAGUGCCUACACAGCAAGCUGGCACCACAACUGCAUCAAGCUUUGGAGCUUUCAGUAAUCCGUUUGCUGCUCCUACUGCCACACCGCAAGCUGCUUCUACCAACCCCUUCCAGACCAACGGAAUGGCACCAGCUCCGAUGUACAGCGGAGUACCGGCAGGAUACGGAGCUGCCUCAGUCCCAGGGGGAUUUGCAGGAUUCCCACAGCAUCCUUUCUCGCAGCAGCAACCGCAGCAGCAGCAGCAGCAUGUCUUCACUCAGCAACCGGCAUUUCCACAGCAGCAAGGCUACAACCAACAGCAACAACAGCAGCAGCAACAGCAGCAACAGGCUUUUGCCCAGCAGCAGUCAUUCCUGCAGCAGCAAAGUUUUGCUCAGCAACAAAAUGGUGCUGGGUUUGGUGCCUUUGGGCAGUCGAAAGCAAUGCCGCGAAUCAUGGGUCCAUUGAUACAAGGAGGUGGAGUGCCCAGCAACCCAUUUAUGGUAUGUGCCACACUGACUUCUUUCAAAGGGAGAGAUGAUGAGCUGUAAUGUAAACCUGGGAUACUAGUGAGUGAAAGCACACUUUAACAGGAUUGGAUUAAGUAGCUGCAAGCUGGCAUGUUCUGAAUUCAAUUCUGUGGAGCCACAAGGUUUGAUUUUGGGGCUCAGGGCAAUAUGAAGCAGGAACAAAAGGUGGUGUGUGAAAAAUGUCAGGAUCAGGAUUCUUUGUGAAGCUGGUUCACCAAAUGCCCCUGCCACACCUACUCAGUCUGACUCGUGUCAAACUGGUCUCUCGCAAUAUGAUUGAACCUGUUGUGAAUUGCUUGCUUGUUACGCUGUUGCAAGGAGGUGAGCCACCUCCUGUUCACCCUUUUACAGAGCAAGAUAAAAAUGCAUCUAUGUCCAAACUCAAGUCUGUGUCCAGUUGUGGUCCCCACACUAUGCAAAGGAUGUGAAAUGUGUCCAGUUGGUUCCAGGGAUGAGAGAGGUUUUAGUGACGAGGUUGGGUUGAAGAAGUUGGGCUCAUUCUGCCUGGAGAGAAGGAGUUUGAGGGAAGAUUUGACCGAGGUAUGUGAGAUAAUGAGAGGUUUGGAUAAAGGCGGACAAAGGAAAGCUCCCGUCAGCUGAUGCAAGGAGGAAGGAGACACAGACUUCAGGUUUUGGGCAACUGAUGUGGCAUUGUGUGUAAGUUUGAAAUUCUUCUGCAGUGAAUGAGAAUGAUCUGGAACUCUCUGCCCAUGAUGGGGGUGGGACGAAGCAGCUGCUGUAACUCAGUCAGAGAGAGACAGCACCAUUGCUACCUCAGAGUUUGUGCCCUAUGUGGGAUGCUAUCCCCAAUUUGAGAAGCCUGGUCUGCGGAGUGAGGAGUGGGAAGGUGGGCUGAUCCAGGCAUGACAACAGGCCACCGGCGGUUAGAGCUUUGGAAAGAAGAACUACAAUAGGCCUUCAGCCUCUUAAUCCUCCAUCACCAUUCAGUACAGUCAAUUUAGAUCUUCUGUUUCUACUCUUUCCCGCUUGAAUAUUUAAACAAUGAUUGAUCUCAGUCUUGACUAUAAUCAAUAACUGAGUAUCCGUAACUCUCCGAAGUUCCAAAGAUCACAACCCCAUUGACUGCAGAAAUUUCUUCUCCUAUUCAUUCCAAAAUGACCAACCCCUUAGUGUGUGUCCCCAUAUACUAGAUUUUCCAGCCCUGGGUGGGGGGGAAAGUAGCCUCUCAGGAUUUGACAGAAUCAAUGCUAUCAAAAUCUAUAUAUGUUAGGUGGAAUUAAACUGUUUUAAUGAGUUUUAUUUCCUAAUUGUGGAGUUUUUCCCCUUUAGUACCAGGCCAAUCGGCCUUUCUACUCCAUGCUAGUCUCCACCCAUCUUCAUCUCAUCCGAUCAGUAUAUCUUUCUAUUCCCUUCUCCCUCGUAUAUUUAUCCAGCUUUCCUCGUAAACUGAGAGAACAUUAGAAUUUGGAGAAUUGGUUAUGAGCAGGUGAUCCAUUUUAUGGUGAAAUGCAACUAGAGGUGAGGUACGUAGUCUUCCUUUAAAAGGAGGGGUCACUGGACUCAACGUUAACUUUUGACUUU